GUCAGUUGAUUCUCGUACAAUUUAUGUACUUACACUUAAUUGUCUUAAUAUACGUGAUAUAAAAAGACAUGUGUUCGCAUUACUAUGGUAUUGUAUAACUGUGGCUGGACAAAAGUUUUAUUCAUGUGGGAUGACGUGGUUAUUUUCAGGAUGUUUAUCGAAUAUUGGUCUAAUUAUAUAAUCUUUGAUUAUAUCUGCUAGCAUUAUUAAUGCUAAUCAGAACUAUACUCUUUUGCAGCGUUUUUUAUUUGAAGAAAGACAUAAUAUAAAGUAAAAGUCUAAUUUUGCUAUAAUAAUAUUGAAUCUGUGUUUACUCCAUUGAAGAAAUGGUUCCCCAGCGAAUUGGAUUGACGUCUAGUUUUUCAAAAAUUCGAGACUAUAAUCAAUGGUUUUUUGACGUCAAUAUUAACAUAACUUUUUUCAAAAUAGAUAUAAAAUUGAUCUCAAAUAUAGCAUCAAUUUUAUUUAUAUCAAGACUAAAUAGGAGCUUAAAUUUUUUUAGACUCGAUUUGACGUCCAAAAUAGUAAAAUCGAGGUUACCUGGCGAUGCUUUACAGAAAAAAAAUACAAUUUAAUCGAAAUUGUGCCCCGAUUUCACAAUUUUCGAGGCAAAAUCGGCACUAAAAAAUAAAAUGGUUCUCAUAAAACCCCUUUGCCAAUAUUCAAAUAGAAAUAGAAAAUGAUGAAUUCUCUUUUCGAUAAUUAAUUUAAACGUCUGAUCAGAAUACCUUAUUACUUGAAACAAUCAAAUAUAAGGAAUUAACCCUUUCUUUUCAAAUUGGCUGUUAUAUAAUCAGCCUGUACAUAAUUCAAGGUAAGUCUAAAUUUUAUUAUUAUUUCAAGUGUAAUUUUUGUGACUUAACUUUUUAGCUCUUAUUUAGCGCACUUCUUGCAACGUUUUUGUAUCAAAAAAAAAUUAUUUUUUAUCACACGUGUGGGGUAACUACUUGGUUACCGCACGGUAACUUAGCGAUUGACUACUCUAGGCCUACGGACAAUAAAACACGAUAAAUUUUAAAUAACGCAUGAGACAUUGAGAAUAACGCACGGAUGUCUAAAAUGAAAGAAAAUUGUAAAUAUUAAAUAUUAUUGUUGAUGAUAAUAAUUGAAUUUGUUGAAAAUGGCAAACUCAAAUCCAUCGAUUAAAUAUACACAGUUGUUCAUCAAUAACGAAUUCGUAGAUUCAGCCAGUGGAAAAAAAUUCCCAACAUACAAUCCUUCAAAUGGAAAUGUAAUCACACAAGUAUCAGAGGGAGAUAAAGCUGAUGUUGAUAAGGCUGUGGCUGCUGUACAAUCAGCUUUUAAAAGAGGAUCACCAUGGCGUUUAAUGGAUGCCUCUCAACGUGGAGUAUUAAUCAAUAAGUUGGCUGAUCUUCUGGAAAGAGAUGUUGACUACAUUGCUAGUUUAAUAUUGGUCUAA